AUGAAAUCUUCGUUGUUCUUUGUCUUGUUAUGUUUGUUUCAAAUAAACAAAUUAUGUUUCUGCUUAGAAGAAGAAUCUCUAAAGGUUAAAAACGGAUUUGGAAGCAAUGGAUUCAUAAGUGUCACUAGUUUCGGAGCUAUUGGCGAUGGAAAGACUGAUGAUACUAAGGCUUUUCUUAAAGCAUGGGAAGCUGUAUGCAAAGGAGGACACAAUAGAAAGAUUCUUGUGCCUCAAGGGAAAACCUUCAUGCUUAAGCCUCUUACAUUCAUCGGUCCAUGCAAGUCUUCGACCAUCUCCUUAUCGAUAAGAGGUAAUCUUGUGGCACCGGGUUACACUUGGUAUGCGGGAAGAUACACAACAUGGAUUAGUUUUGACAGUAUCAAUGGUCUUGUUGUCACCGGAGGUGGUACCAUCGACGGUCGUGGUUCUUUGUGGUGGGGCAACGUUAAUAAUCGCCCCUGCGCAAUGCACUUCAACAACUGUAAUGGUCUUAGGAUAUCUAAUCUCCGACAUUUGAACAGCCCUCGGAACCAUGUAGGUCUAAGUUGUUCACAGAACAUCGAGGUCAGGGGUUUAAGGAUGACAGCACCCGGUGAUAGUCCAAACACGGAUGGUAUUGACAUAUCGAACUGUAUAGGAGUCCACAUACAUGACUCAGUGAUUGCCACUGGAGAUGACUGCAUCGCCAUUAAUAGCGGUUCCUCUCAUAUCAACAUAACCGGCAUUUUUUGUGGCCCCGGUCACGGUAUCAGCGUAGGAAGUCUUGGAGUAACUGGAGAUUUCGAAACUGUUGAAGAAGUGAGGGUAAAGAACUGCACUUUUACAAAAACACAGAACGGUGUCCGAAUCAAGACAUACCAGAACGGAUCGGGAUAUGCUCGGAAAAUCUCAUUCGAGGAUAUCAACAUGGUUGCCUCAGAGAACCCUAUUAUCAUAGACCAGACUUACCACAAUGGAGGUACGAACGGAGGAAUAAGCAAGUCAUCUAGUAGCUAUCAGAACUGUCAUUUAACAGCAAAACAACGGACUCCGUCUGGUAAUGGGAAAGGCGUGAAAGUGACUGACGUGCGUUACGCUAGAAUCCGUGGGUCAUCUGCAAGCGAUCAAGACAUUACAUUGAACUGCGAUGCAGACUUGGGAUGCUCAGAUAUAGUGAUGGACAAUGUGAAUAUGGUUUCAGCGACAUUUGGUCACAAGUUGUUUUCUUCCUGCAAAAAUGCUCAUGGGUCUUUAUUUGCUUCAAAAGUGGAUUGUCUGAAACAUUAA